UUUCUUGAAAAAUCUUGCAGACUCAUUCUUUCUCUUCAAAACUAUAUUUUGUUAUUCCAUAGUUUUCUCGCGAGACAGUUACAUAGGCCUGAUCCUCGUGGUAUCCUUUACUUUUCAUCAAGACAGUUUAACGUACACUUUGAAAUGUUUUUGACCAGAUCAGAGUACGAUAGAGGUGUAAAUACCUUCUCUCCUGAAGGACGUCUUUUUCAAGUGGAGUAUGCCAUWGAAGCCAUAAAGCUUGGCUCUACAGCUAUUGGAAUCAGAACAUCAGAAGGUGUUGUGCUUGCUGUUGAGAAGAGAAUCACAUCUCCAUUAAUGGAGCCAUCAAGCGUUGAGAAAAUAGUUGAAGUUGAUCGCCAUAUUGGAUGUGCAAUGAGUGGUCUUAUUGCUGAUUCACGGACAAUGAUUGACAAAGCAAGAGUAGAGGCACAAAACCACUGGUUUACGUACAAUGAGAGCAUAUCUCUAGAGAGUAUAACACAAGCUGUUUCAAACCUAGCAUUAGAGUUUGGUGAUGAUGAUGCCAGAGAAGGAGCAAUGAGCCGACCCUUUGGCGUUGCUCUUUUGUUUGGUGGAAUUGAUGACAAAGGACCAUCUCUAUUUCACUUGGAUCCCUCUGGAACAUUUAUAGAAUAUGAUGCAAAAGCAAUAGGAUCUGGUUCUGAAGGAGCACAGCAUGCUCUUGAAGAAGCUUAYCACAAGUCAAUGACACUAUCAGAGGCUUCUAAGUCAGCUUUGACUAUACUCAAACAAGUUAUGGAGGAAAAAUUGAAUGCCACUAAUGUGGAGCUUGCCACUGUGACAGCAGAYAAUCAUUUCCGAAUGCACACAAAGGAGGAAUUAGAAGCGUUAGUGCAGGAAAUCAAGUAARCAGGCAGGCAAAUUGAACUUUACUUUAACUUUAUGUCAAAACAAUGAAACUCUUCAUGUGUUCUGCUACUGACAGUAGUUUAUUACAGUGUAGUGUUAGGUUACAAUAAGUACUGUUAGUAGUUGAGCUAGUAUAUGUUUGAAAACAUGUCUUUUGUUAGGAAAUAUUAAUCCUACAAGAUAUAAAAAAAUAACCAAAUAAAUGUUUGACUUUGUUUUGUCAUUCCAUAAAA